CUACCUUAUCGACACUCACAAGAACGGUCUCGUGCAAUCAAAAUAACACACGAUUGACGUUUGGAGUCGGUGAAAAAGCUGCAAAUAUCAAUUAAAUAUUUAAUAAAAAGUCAAUAUUAACCAUCUAAAAGCAUCGGAAUGCUGGACGAAUCAGAGUACGAAGGGGAUAUCGACGAGUACGACAUUUAUAAACGAAAGUAUCAGCUCCUGCUCGACAGAUGUGAACUCUUACAACAGGACAAUGAACGACUCGUGUAUCGCAUUCAGACCGUGAGGAAGCUACUGAAACGCACCAGAAAGGAGAAAAAAUUUCUGAUUGAUCGGCUUGAUCAACAUGGAGAUCGUUGGAGAGAGGCCCCAAUGGGCGUUUCCGAGGAGAACAGUGUGUUUCAAGCAACAGUAAAAUCAGAGAAGCCACAGAAACCAUCGCAAACAGUGAAGGAAGAGAAACCGAAGAAAGGAGCCAAACGGAAAGGAGGAAAAACAGAUCCCAAUGCUCCGAAACGUCCAGCAAAUCCGUUCUUUCAAUUCUGCCAGGAGCAGAGGCCCAGGGUGAUGGAGAGGCUCGCUGGAGAGCCAGAACCCAGUAAGCAAGAGCUCACAAGACAACUCGCGACCACUUGGAAGUCCUUGAGUUCCGAAGAUAAAAAGGUUUACUACGAUAUGUACGAACGAUCAAAGGAGAAAUACGUUGCUGAAAUGCAGAUUUAUAAUAAAAAGAGUGAAGACACAACUAGUCAAAUUCCCCUGCACAUAACUUAAGAAUGUCCCACAAUCGGUGUAAUAAAUAUUCAUAAUUUCCGAAAAA